AUGGGACCGGUGCUGCCUCCGUUCAGCACCUCUCGCUGGCCAGGGGAGUCCCCAUGUGCGCACAGGACUCGGGACAAGCACGAAGACAGGACCGGCCACCACCGAAGGGAUGUGCCCGGUGCCGCCCAGGGGUCCCCGUACCCUGUCCCUGUUGCACACAUUCUCACUUCCUUCUGUCUCUUCUUCUCUCCACUCCUCUGUGUUGUUCCAGGUCCUGUAUUUGGCAGCAAGGACAACUUCCAUGGGCUGGCUAUUUUCCUUGAUACCUAUCCCAAUGAUGAGGCCACAGAGCGUGUGUUCCCCUACAUCUCAGCCAUGGUCAACAACGGCUCCCUGAGCUACGACCACAGCAAGGACGGGCGCUGGACGGAGCUGGCCGGCUGCUCGGCCGACCUGCGCAACCAGAACCACGACACCUUCCUGGCCGUGCGCUACUCCCGCGGCCGCCUCACGGUGAUGACUGAUGUGGAAGACAAGAAUGAAUGGAAAAACUGCAUUGAUAUCGCAGGGGUGCAGCUGCCAACCGGGUACUUCUUUGGUGCUUCUGCUGGCACUGGAGAUCUCUCUGACAAUCACGACAUCAUCUCGAUGAAGCUGUUCCAGCUCAUGGUGGAGCACCCUGUAGAAGAUGAGGCCGUUGACUGGACCAAGAUCGAGCCGAGGGUCAGCCUCCUGAAAUCCCCCAAAGACAACGUGGAUGACCCGACGGGGAAUUUCCGGAGCGGGCCGCUGACGGGCUGGAAGGUGUUCCUGCUCCUGCUCUGUGCCCUGCUGGGCAUCAUCGUCUGCGCCGUGGUGGGAGCCGUGGUCUUCCAGAAGCGCCAGGAGCGGAACAAGCGUUUCUACUAGUGGGGCACCUGUGCCCAAACCCAUCUUUUUUUAUGGGGAGCUGUAAAAAAACUGUGGUUUCUAAAUGCUGUUUCUGAGAAAUACCAGAAGUAUUUUCUUACCUGUCUGUUUGGCUGUAACCCCUGCCUGGCCCUUGGCCUCCCGCGGGUUGGACUGAGGGCAGUGGUGCCCGCUGGCUCCCCAGAGCUCUGGUGAGGGAGCCUGGAGGUUGCUCCCCGGUUUUUCCAGCGCUCCCCCCGCCUUGCUGGGACUUGCUGUGCUGCCCGGGGCAGGUGUGAACAUGAGGGGCUGAGGGGAGGGGGUGCGAGUGGGGCAUUAAAGGACUGACACCA